GAGCGCACAGGUUUCAGUAGCGGCGCAGAGCGCGAGCUGGGAACACGAGGCCAAGAGCCGCAGCUCCAGUGCAGUGUACCCAGCACUAGCCCGCUUGCAGCUCCACUAUCAGCCCGAGGACACGUCCUCAGCCCAGCCGCCACCCAGCCGUCCUCACCUGGAUUACCUACCGCAGCAGCUGGAGCAGAACUAGCGAGAAGGCGAAGCGAGAGGAAAGCCCCAGAAGGGCUUUUCAGGGACCCCUCCGGCGGAUAGACGCACGGGAAAGCGGCGUCCCGAACGAAGCCAGCUACAGGGCGGGCGCGGGGAGAGAGCGACGCUCCAGGGGAUGGCAGCCGCGUCCCGUAGCGCCUCUCGCUGGGCGCUACUGCUGCUGGUGGCACUUUGGCAGCAGCGCGCAGCCUGCUCCGGAGUCUUCCAGCUGCAGCUGCAGGAGUUUGCCAACGAGCGUGGCGUGCUGGCCAGCGGGCGGCCGUGCGAACCCGGCUGCAGGACGUUCUUCCGCGUCUGCCUUAAGCACUUCCAGGCGGUCUUGUCGCCCGGGCCCUGCACCUUCGGCAGCGUCUCUACGCCUGUGUUGGGCACCAACUCCUUCGCCGUCGGGGACGAUAGUAGUGGCGGGGGACGCAACCCUCUCCAGCUGCCUUUCAAUUUCACCUGGCCGGGUACCUUCUCACUCAUCAUAGAAGCUUGGCACGCGCCAGGAGACGACCUGCGGCCAGAGGCCUUGCCACCCGACGCGCUCAUCAGCAAGAUCGCCAUCCAGGGCUCCCUAGCUGUGGGCAAGAACUGGUUACUGGAUGAGCAGACCAGCCCCCCAACGAGGCUGCGCUACUCUUACCGGGUCAUCUGCAGUGACAACUACUAUGGGGACAGCUGCUCACGCCUGUGCAAGAAGCGCAAUGACCACUUCGGCCACUACGUGUGCCAACCAGAUGGCAGCCUGUCCUGCCUCCCCGGCUGGACUGGGGAGUACUGCGAAGAGCCGGUCUGUCUUUCUGGCUGUCACGAACAGAACGGCUACUGCAGCAAGCCAGCAGAGUGCAUCUGCCGCCCAGGCUGGCAGGGCCGCCUCUGCGAUGAAUGCAUUCCCCACAAUGGCUGUCGCCAUGGCACCUGCAGCAUCCCAUGGCAGUGCACCUGCGAUGAGGGCUGGGGCGGCCUCUUCUGCGACCAAGAUCUCAAUUACUGCACCCACCACUCCCCCUGCAAGAAUGGGGCGACGUGCUCCAACAGCGGACAGCGGAGCUACACCUGUACCUGCCGCCCAGGCUACACUGGUGUGGACUGCGAGCUGGAGCUCAGCGAGUGUGACAGCAACCCCUGUCGCAACGGGGGCAGCUGUAAGGACCAGGAGGAUGGUUACCGUUGCCUGUGUGCCCCGGGCUACUAUGGCCUGCACUGUGAGCACAGUACAUUGAGCUGUGCCGACUCCCCCUGCUUCAAUGGGGGUUCCUGCCGGGAGCGCAGCCAGGGAGCCAGCUACGCCUGUGAGUGCCCCCCUAACUUCAUGGGCUCCAACUGUGAGAAAAAAGUGGACAGGUGUGCCAGCAACCCGUGUGCCAAUGGGGGCCAGUGCCUGAACCGUGGUCCUAACCGCGUGUGCCGCUGCCGUCCUGGGUUCACAGGCCCCUACUGUGAACUCCACCUCAGUGACUGUGCCCGCAACCCUUGUGCCCAUGGCGGCACCUGCCACGAGAUGGAGAAUGGGCUCGUGUGCACCUGUGCUGCUGGCUUCUCUGGCCGGCGCUGCGAGGUGCGGAUACAUGUCGACGCCUGUACCUCGGGACCCUGCUUCAACGGGGCCACCUGCUACCCUGGCCUCUCCGAGGACAGCUUUGUCUGCAACUGUCCCUAUGGCUUUGUGGGCAGCCGCUGCGAGUUCCCUGUGAGCAUGCCACCCAGCUUCCCCUGGGUGGCUGUCUCUCUGGGUGUGGGCCUGGUGGUGGUGCUGGUGUUGCUGGGCAUGGUGGCGGUGGCUGUGCGGCAGCUGCGGCUCCGGCGACCUGACGACGGCAGCAGGGAGGCCAUGAACAACUUGUCGGACUUCCAGAAGGACAACCUGAUCCCUGCUGCCCAGCUCAAGAAUACAAACCAGAAGAAGGAGCUGGAAGUGGACUGUGGCCUGGACAAGUCCAACUGUGGCAAACAGCAGAACCACACGCUGGACUAUAAUCUAGCCCCAGGGGCUCUGGGGCGAGGGACCAUGCUGGGAAAGUACCCCCACAGUGAGAAGAGCUUAGGGGAGAAGGCCCCACUGCGGUUACACAGUGAAAAGCCAGAGUGUCGGAUAUCAGCGAUAUGCUCCCCCAGGGAUUCCAUGUACCAGUCUGUGUGUUUGAUAUCAGAAGAGAGGAACGAAUGUGUCAUUGCCACAGAGGUAUAAGGCAGGAGCCUUCCCAGGACAUCCCAGCUCGGCCCCAGCAGCUGGAUCUUCCUUCUGCAUUGUUUACAUUGCAUCCUGGAUGGGACAUUUUUAAUAUGCAACGUGCUGCUCUCAGGAGGAAGAGGGAAUGGCAUGACCUGGACAGACUGUGAACUUGCCAAGAGAUGCAGUACCCUUCCAUGCCUCUGGGUGUCUGUCUGGCAUCAGACUGGUGGCCGUGCUGGCCCAGGGAACAGAGGAGAGGUGCCACUGGAACCCGCCCUGCCAGCCGGGACCUUCAGAGGGCCCCUCUGGGGAUCUGGCCUGUUUUCCAGAGGGAGCGGCAUUGGCCUUAUGGGGCCUGGAGCUGGUGUGGCCUCCACUGGCAUCUGUGUUUCCAAAAGUGCCUUUGGCCCAGGCCCCACUGCAACAGCUGGGUCCAAAUCAGAGAGGAGGCCAGUAUGAGCGGGGCCAUCUGCGGGCCCGGAUACCAUCGGGUGCAGCCCUUGGCAGGAGCUGCCCUGCCAAGGUGAGGUGAGCGCCCGAAGCGGAAGACCUUUCCGCCUGGUGCCUUCAACUACUACUCGGAGGGCCUUGCUCAUAACACCCCUCCAGCUUCUCCCUGGCCUUGGCCCUCUGGGCAAGGCUAUUGGUAAGCCUUACCUGGCUCCCCAGCCUCCUGCCUGGGGUGCCUCUGCGUUCCCAUGAGCACACAGAGGAAGGGCCUGCCAGGGGAGCCAGGCCUAACUGGGAAGCUCAGGGCAGUGAUGCUGGAAAUUCCAGUGAGGAAAAAAGGAGGUGCCGUUGCCACCCAGGCCCUUGCCUCCCUCGAACCAUUCCUACAGCCUCGAGCCUGGGCUUUGCCCACACCCACUACUGCCCCCCGACCACCCUUGAAGCCGAUCUUCAGAAAUCAAUAAUAUGAGUUUUUAUUUUGGUUUUUUUUUUGUAGUUUAUUUUGGAGUCGAGUAUUUCAAGUAAUUUAAGAAUCAGAAGCACUGACCUUUCUACAUUUUAUAACAUUAUUUUGUAUAUAAUGUGUAUUUAUAAUAUGGAACAGAUGUGUACAGGAGUUUAUUACUUCUUGGGUCCUGUGUUUGUGAUGGCAGAAGGGGAAUGAAUGCUCUCUCCAGCCU